AUGUGUGCGGCUCGUACGUGUGUGUGUGUGUGUCCUGUGCGCAGGUCACUCCGACGGAACGUACGGCACGUCGCCCUCUUUCCCUUUCGCUGCUCAGCUGCAACCCCUCUCCCUACACCCCCCCCCCGUUUACACCUCAUCACCCUCCUGUCACUCGCCCUCGCCAACCCCCCUCGUCGUCUCUUUUCUUCCUUUCCAUCAAUGUCAGCCGCUACAGCAUCGUCAGUGGGGCAGCGCCUAGCUCAACUGGUGAGGCGCUUUGACGCAAUCGAGGCUGACCUGAAGCGCUUACAGCAGCAGCUGCGAAACGCUGCCCUUGGUGAAGCCGCUGCUGGUGCCGCCUCCUCUGGCGUGUCAUCCAGCGGUACGAGUAGCGCUCUCAAGGCACCGCUCGACCUGUCGGCGCUGCAGCCCGACCCGAAGGAUCCGCUGGAGGUGGCAAAGCUGCGGCGCUAUUGUCUAGAGAAUGGGCUGUACUCUGCCGAGUUCAUAUGGGUCCCGUUAAACUACUAUCAGGAGAACCUGCAGUGGCGGCGCGACGCCCUGCAGGCACCGAGCAUUCGUCAUCUAUGCAAGACGAUCUUAAUGGAGAACACGCAUUGCACGAACAACAACUGCGCCGACCACCGAAACUCGCGCUACUACCUUGUCGUGUACCAGUACGUGGACCGCUUCAACUCGGAUAUGGUCGGCCGCGUGAUUCACGAGCUAAACCCCGGCAUAGGGAAGAAGAAGUUCAACUUCCGGCUGGCGGACCCGGCGGAGGCGGAGCGGCUGACGGGGGUGCGCAGCGGCGCCGUUGCCCCGUUCGGCACUUCUGUCCCGAUUCCGGUGAUCCUGAGCGCCGGUGUUACCAAGUUGACCCCACCGAUCUUCUACGUCGGCGGUGGCCACGUGGACUGCAAGUGCAGGCUCGACACGGAGGAGUUCACCCGGGUGACAAACGCAAUCGUGGCCCCUAUCACCGUGCCCCUAACGGAGGAGGAGCUUGGGCAGAUUGCGGACUAA